AUGACGGAGCACAUCCCAAACAGAACCCUGGUAACAACUCUACUAACCGUUCCAGCUUUACCUCACCAGGAAAAAACAGAUCUUGUGUCUGGUCCUGUGAAAGUUGGAAUACAAUCAACAUUGCCGUUCGAUGGAGUACAUCUUAUCCUUGGAAAUGACCUUGCAGGAGACAAAGUGGUCGUUAAUGCUAUUGAUACCGAGAAGCCUGGUUCAGAAAAAUCUCUAGAUCCAGUUGAAAAGAUAAUUCCUGGCCUUUACCCCGCAUGUGUAGCAGCAUUCUGUGUCAUAUUCCUGGUGUUAUUUGUUCAAGGAGAGAAUGAAAACGAAAUCAGCGAUACAGACGUGGAAUUGCAAGAGCAUAAUCUUAGAGAAAAGAGGAGCACCUGGUGGCGUAGGAGGCAUACCCCCCGUUCUCGUCGUUUCCUUACCCGUCGCUUUUCCCGUUACCGCCGCCCCAGUUACCGUUACCGUUACCGUCCCCGUCCCCGUUACUGCCCAAGCUAUAAGAUAUUGCUGAGGAUUGUAUUGAAAAACGUAGAUUGCUUGAAUAAUACAAAAUGCCGAUCAAAACAAAAGUUACUUUUUGGAACCCCAACCCCGUCGCCUUCCUCCAGUCCGGUGAUGUCCUUAACUCCUUCAAGUUCACAAGUUGCAUCUACAAUACCGGCCGUAUCACCCGCACUUUCCACCAGUCCGGCAAUGUCUGUAACUCCUUCUCAUUCACAAGUUGUAUCUUCGAUGCCGGCCGUAUCUGCUUCACCAUCCUCUGGCAGUGCUAUGGUUUCACAGACCGUUUCGCAAGUCAACAUUUAAUCUUUGCAGCAACCGUUACGCGGGAUGUCACGCAACGUCUCCCCACCCUGCCGCAGCAGAGGCGUUGCGUGACAUCCUGAGGGUGUAUUUGACAUCAUGCGCCUUUAUUCAUUUUGCUAUUUCAGUGACUAGGCUAGUUGUCAGCUCAAUUUUUCGAGAAAAGGAAGAUUGGCGUAUGCAUUGGAAACUGAACUUUACAUUGAUCCUGUGUUUGCCGCAAGACUUAACUUUGAACCUCAAAUUAAAUGAACCUCAUUUAAAUGUAAUGAAUUCACUCUUAAUCUAAUGUGCCACGUUCGUUAAAUGUUUGUGGAAGAGUUGACACGAUUGAAUCUUUAAUAAAUACAUUUUGUCAGCAAA